UCGAUAUCAAAAGCGAGCAAGGAAUAACUCACUCGGCACUCCAAAUAUUAACAACUGUAAAGUGCCUUUCAAACCGUCAUACUAGUAGGUAGCUACCUCCUACUAGUACCUACUACCACUACUCCAACGUUCUCCAAUAAACACACACGCCACUGGGGACUCCCCUUGUCAUCGACUACUGGUAGGAAUGGAUCUGGUCAUCCCAGUCGAAUGUACUUGUGCGGUCUCGAAUCCACAAACGGCUGCGACGGCAGGCUCGGCCGACGGGGCAAAUCGGGGGCGCCUUCGCGGAUGUUGUCGUUGUUCAUGUGCACAAGGGCCUGGCGCACGGCGUUUGGGGCGUCGUCAAAGUGAAAAUGCUUGACAUGGUGCAGCGUGUCGCUAAAGUGGACGCGGCACCCGCGGCGGUUGAGCGCGCGCAACUUGACGGCCUUCUUCAUGGGCGUGGGGAAGAACGACGUCAGGUACGGACUCAGGGCGAGGGGGGCGACGAGGCGGCGGAUGGCGGGCGCGUCUCGCGUCGCCAGGUCGGCUUCGAUGGCCAGCAUCGUCUGGUUGAGCUGGUUGGCGGAGAAGCAGUCGAGGGGCAUGAGGUAGUCCAUCGCUUCCUUAAUGAUCUCCGCCACGUCUCGCGCGUCGGGCAUGUCUGGAUUCGCGACGCGGCAGGCCACCACGAGCUUCUCCACAUGCCAGUGAAAGAUGCGCGCCUUGGCCGGAUUCCGCCGCACCAGCUCCACGGGCGACGGGGGGGGCUCGUCGACGGACAUUGCUGCCACUGGUGAUGUCACCUUCGACGGUGGCGAGGGCGGUUGUGGUUGGACGUCCCUGAUGGAUGGGGGCGGCGGAGAGGACGAUGGCGGGGGAGUCGACAGGGUGGCGUGCUCCGGAAGGGCCAGAGGAGGGUCGUCCGUGUUAAUCAUCUCGACAUCGUCGGGCGGUGGCGGCGUCGAGGCCAAGUCGAUGGGGGGGGUGUCUGUAGAGGAAGGGUCGAUUUGUUCCAUGUCUGCUGUUGUCGAUGUUGUGGUGGCGGUGGUUAUGGGGUCGGACGUGAUGGGGGCCUCGAUCGUCAUGUGGGCAAACCACGUCUGGAACUGCGUCUGCCGAGUGCGGAGGCGGGCCUGGCAUCGCCUUCGCUCUGUCGCGGUAUUCUUGAUGUAGUGGUAGAUGUACAUCAUCGCCAUCUUGUGGAACUGGGCAGACACAUCUACUUGGAAUGCAGCAUACGCGGCCGGUCCCACCGCUUGCAGGUUUUUCUUGAUGAUGUCGCGUCGCUUCUUCAGCGCCGUCACUCGCACGAGCAUGUCGCCCAUUUCCUUCAUCGUGGCCGCGGGACGGGUAGUGAGUGCCGACGGAACAGCAUCCAACUUCACCAGCACGAGACUGUCCAUGGAAUGGACGAGUCGUUGCGUGUCCGUGAGUUUCGCCACCACCUGGGGAAACAAGAUCACGUCGUGGUGCCCGUAGUACCGAAGCACGACAUCACCCGACAUGCCUUGCAACGUCCACAACAAAGGACACUUGGCCACGCGAGUUAAAGUAUACAUCGAUGGGCCAGUAGAUCCCCCGGUCUCUGAGAUGUGUCUGCUCCUGUUCGACGGAUGACGAGCCUCCUCGGGAGGCACAGAUGCUGCUGUACCGAGGCACACUAAGCGAGAUAGUAGCUGCCUAAUCUCACACGUCCAUGCUGUCAACUCCAUGCGAACGUGGACGUCGGCAUCGAUCGUUGCCGCCGACGUGGACGUUCCAUCUGCAUUGUCCACCAUCAACACUGCG